CCUCAGGCUGCCGCAUCCUACCUAGGUAAUCAAUCACGCAUCGACAUACAUUUCCAGACAUCAUUCACCUCCUGCUCUCUGCUAUCCUACCAUCUCGAUUCAUCCAAUAUCCAUUCAAUCAGAACAGCUUCACUCAUCCUGACUACCCGACUUUUCAGCGCCCACAACAAUGCGUUUCUACACGACAAUUCUCAUUCUCUGCGCCCUCUUCGUGGCAGCGCUUGCUAGACCUCCCCCAUUGAAAAUGGUGGUGGUGUCAUAUCCCAAAGAUACGCCUCCUUCGAUCGUGGACAAGGCUAUCGAAGAAGUCAGAAAAGCGGGGGGCAUCGUCACCCAUCAAUAUUGUAAGAGUAUCCGGCAACAAUUGGCAGCUGUCCAUGGUCUAACAUUCCAUCUAGCUCUGAUCAAAGGGUUCACUGCAAAGGUUUCGGACGCCAUGAUUGAGAAGAUCAACACGUUGUCCAAUGACAAAUAUCCUGCAUUCGUUGAGGACGAUAGCAUCAUCACGAUCAGCAACUCCUCAUAACUGUCUUGCCAUAUGGCGGUUAGUGCUAUGGCUACGAAGGAGAUGACAAUAAAAAUGAUCGAUACGAUGUGUCAGUAGGAAGUGCUCCAGCGACAAUGUAUCACAACACGUAUCAUAAUCUCGAAUGUAUUGCUCACGAUGGAAUGAGGGAGGUAGUCCCAGGACGAGUGUCUGGCUAUUUGCCAAUAAUAUAUCAUCCGGAUGAAGACCAACUCGUUACUUUGAUUUCUUUGUUCCCCAAGAUUACGCGCCGAGCAAGGAGACAUGGAUUGGGAAUGAGAAGGUUGCGCCGUCGCCUCUGGUGUGCAUCUGGUGUGCAUAUUGUGCAGUGGCAGCAACCACUUGUCAAGCGAGUGUCAGCAGAGGGCCAAACCCCAAAAUGUUGAUGCGACGUCAUUGCUCAGUCUAAGUAGUUUGGGGUGGAACGCGCUUGCCUGGGGAAGUGCCUGAGCCCCUCGGCCCAUCGCCCCUGCCGCGAUAUGCAAUCAGCCAGAACUCGCGUUUCCAUCUUCCCACCCAAACCA